AUGCAGGCGGAUGAGGACGGCGCUAUACUAAGGGCCCUGUGCAUAAACAAGCACGGAGAACGGGUCAGAGGGGUUAUUGAACGACUAAAGCGCCUAUACCGGCAGAACGGCUUAGGCUCCAAGCACUUGCUCACGCGGGCACUCGGCCUUCUCGAGGAAAUAGAAUACGAACUGGACCACGGUGAUGCCCCAGCAAGCGGCAAGCGAUGGGAGAUACAGAUACUACAAGAAAGGGUUAAAAUAGUACAAUGCGUAGGAGGAAUUGUCCUAUACUUCCACUACGAUACAAUUCUCCGCCCGCAAAUACAAAUAAUUGCAAAACUAACAAGCGCCCUUACCACCGGUGGACAUGCACUGUUGGAAUCGCCCACUGGCACAGGCAAAACUGCGGCCAUAGUCGCUGCAGUGGGUUCCUGGCUUAAACACAAUUUGUCCAGGCCUGGACCACGGGUCCAGGUGUUCUACCUCACCCGAACGCAUUCGCAGAUACGCCAGGUACUUGGCGAAGUCCGGAGGUGCUGCUUCAGAUUGGACGUUGCAUGCCUGGGAAGCCGAGCCGUAGCUUGUCCCAUGGUCAAGCGAGGUAGCGAUAUUAAGUCGGCAGACUCGUUCUGCCAGUCUGCUAGGGCAGGCGAGGAGGGAGAUCCUAAUGGAUGCCGCUAUUACAGAGGCCUAGAAUCGAAAGAUUUCGCCUCGAUGAUCCACUUCCGCUGCAGGACCCUAUCACACCGUAUUGCAGACCCAUUACGCAAGGGAGACGUAACAGCCAGAUAUGAACUGAAAGACGGGCUCUGGGACAUAGAGGAACUGGUUGACCUAUGCACAGAAAACAAUGCCGCCGUAAGCAAUGAACCCGUUCCCUCCAGGAACAAAAAACAAAAAUCCAUAAUUAGCUACUUUGUGAGGGAAGGCCCUCACGUGGGGUGUCCCUACUAUACGGCCAAGUCCCUCAGUGCCUUAGCAGACAUAGUCAUCUGCCCCUACUCGUACGUAAUCGAUGUAACUCUGCCUGCCACAGAUGAAACCAUCGUUGAGCGCGCACUGGCCACACCAAAGACCGAGCUACAGCAAAAACUACUGGACAGGGCACUAGCCUUUCUCCCAGAUCGAUCUAUUGGCGCGGGGGCCAGACUGCCCAUGGGAAAUAACGUGAUCGUUAUAGACGAAGCGCACAAUAUUGAGUCGUUUUGUAAAGAAAGAGGCUCCCUUGACGUUAGCGUCGUUCAGCUCCGGGCAGCCGGCUCGUGGUUAAGGGACCUAUGUCCCAACCGUUCCAACAAGGAUAAAAUGGCCAAUAAAUCGUUAGAAGCGGUACAAGACCAUGCCCUCCACGUAUAUGGAUUUGUUUCCAACUUUGCAGCCAAUGUAAGGCGCAUCUCCGCUGCCGCCACAGGUUCAUUUGUUACAUGGGACCGAUAUGACCACGUGGAAGAUAAAUUGGGAGGAGCUGCACAGUUCCUGAAAGACUUUGAAAUUACAUUUCUUGAUGCGUUUCUGGCACUUGCUAAUAUGUACUAUAUAACAUCAUUCGCUACCUUACUCUCGUCAGUGGCAAACUUUACCUCACCCUACAAACGGAUGCUAGUCAAUCUCCUAUCCAUACUAGUUCUGGUUUGCCAAUAUAGUGAAUCUUAUGCGGUACGACUUGAGGCUGGAACUGAGGGCACCCCACGUCUCAAGCUUUGGCUACAGCGCGCGGGAGUCGUACUAGAUCCCAUUUCCAGAAAAGCCAAGUCCCUCCUCCUCACCUCCGGUACACUUGCGCCCCUGAAUGUAACAAGUGCCUCACUCGGAGAAUCCUUUGUCAAAAGACUUGGCAAAUGUACGCUAGAGGCUGGACAUGUUAUCUCUAAAGAACAAUUCGCCCUGUUCACACUCUCAACAAUGCCUCUACGUGGCGGAGGUGGAGUGGUACUGGAGUGUGUCCAUAGAAACCUGAAAAAUAAUGAUUUCUUAGCCUCCCUUGGUACCGUGGUCGCGAGCCUCUCUGCCCUGCUGCCCGGUAACAUAUUGAUUUUCUUCCCAAGCAGAGACCUGGUACGCAGAUGUAUAGAGUUGUGGAAACACUCUCAGCACUCAUGUGGCCGAGACGGCUCCACCAUUUUAGACCGCCUGGCUAGGGCUAAGGAGGAACUAUUCAUUGAACCCAAGACCUCUCUCGAAUUUCAAGAUAUUGUCCUGCGUAUGGAACAGGUGCGUUCCUUCAUUUUGCUGGCCACCUUUAGGGGCCAUGCAUCUGAGGGGUUGAACCUGGGCGUCCAAUCAUUGGUCCUAAUUGGCCUACCAUUCGCCAACAGGGUUGACCCUGCUGUAGACGCUUCGAUUAGGUUCGGUGCUGUGGCUGGCGUGGGUGACUGGUACCUUAUAGACGCGUAUCGCGCAAUAAAUCAGUCAAUCGGCAGGUGUAUACGAAAAAAAUCCGACCGGGGGAUCGUGUUGUUACUGGAUUCUAGGCACUCCACCUACUGCGGCAAUCUAAGUGCUUGGCUAAGGCCUCAUUUGAGCCAUGUAGAUGAAUUUACCCGCCUUGAGCGACUUAUUGCCAGUCAUUCGGCUGCCUAUACGACGUCUAUUUCUGACUAUAUACUCCCCCCCUCACCCCCAUAA